GACCAUCAUUCCGCUUGUUGUCUUCUGCGUCGCAAAAUCACCUUGCUCCCGCUUGAACUCGAACGUAGUCGCAUAUUCUCGAUUCCACUCUAUACAUCCCACAAUAUGGCAGAGACCAAGCGCAGCCGUGUCUUCUUUGACAUCAACAUUGGCAAGUCCAGUGCUGGCAGAGUCACUUUCGAAUUGUACGACGAUGUCGUUCCCAAGACUGCCGACAAUUUCCGCUCAUUGUGUACUGGAGAGAAGGGCGAGGGCAAGAGCGGCAAGCCUCUUCACUACAAGGGCUCGUCUUUCCACCGUGUGAUCAAGUCUUUCAUGAUCCAGGGUGGUGACUUCACUGCUGGCAACGGUACUGGCGGUGAGAGCAUCUACGGAGAAAAGUUCGAGGAUGAGAACUUUGAGCUCAAGCACACCAAGCCUUUCUUGCUCAGCAUGGCCAAUGCUGGUCCCGGCACCAACGGCUCCCAAUUCUUCGUUACCACCGUUCCUACUCCUCAUCUUGACGGAAAGCACGUUGUCUUCGGUGAAGUCCUUGGAGGCAAGAGCAUCAUCCGCACCAUCGAGAACACACCCACCGGCUCCAACGACAAGCCCAACAAGGAAUGCACAAUUGUCGACUGUGGCGAACUCACUGGUGAGGCAUAUGAGAAGGCUGCAGAGAAGGUCCCGGACAGCACUGGCGACCCGUACGAAGACUUCCCCGAGGAUCAUGGCGAGGACAUUCCUGGACUCGAGAUUGUCAAGAUCGUCAACGACCUCAAGACCAGAGGUACCGACGCAUUCAAGAAGGGGGAUGUCGCACUCGGUCUGGCUAAGUACCAGAAGGGUCUGAGAUACCUCCACGAAUACCCCGAUGCCCUCGAGAACGACCCACCAGAGCUCGGUCCCGCCCUCGCAUCGCUCAGAAUCGCUCUUCACUCCAACAGCGCUCUUCUUCAACUCAAGCUCAACGACUACGCCGAUGCUGAAAAGUCUGCCACAUACGCCAUCGGAGUGCCUCAGAUCAAGGCACCAGAGAAGGGCAAGGCUCUUUACCGCCGCGCUGUCGCUAGAAAGGGCCUGAAGAACGAGGAGGGAGCUGUCGCCGACUUGGAGGAGGCCCUCAAGUUCGUGCCCGAAGAUGCAGCAGUCAAGAACGAGCUUGCCGCCGUCAAGAAGGCCGCUGCCGACAGAGCAAAGAAGGAGAAGGCUGCUUACAGCAAGUUCUUCGCAUAGAUCAUCAACCACGAAAUCACGACCAUUAAACGUAUAAAAGUGUGGGGAGAGGGGCGGGAAAGCAUCUGUGUAUCAUAAAGGACAAGGGAGUUAUGGGCGUAAUCAGCAGCAUAGCGUAGCCGACCUCUGGGUAACUGAUGCAGAUUCCAAAUGAAAUCGAUUUUCCAAUCUUGUACACUGCAUUC